UUUCCCGCGGUUCUUCUCCCUCUCUUUCUAACAUAAGAAAGAAAAAGAAGAACAAAGUGGAAAGGAAGAAUAACAAAAAUCCCUUGCUUUGAGAAGCAGACGCCAUGGGAUCCAGACUUGUAACGUGGAACGUGUUGGGAACCAGCACGUUGUUGUUUCUCUUCCUGUUUUCAUGGUUUUCGUCUGUUACAGCUUCUGUAACUUACGACCAGAAAGCCAUAGUCAUCAAUGGGAAGAGGAGGAUCCUUAUUUCGGGAUCUAUUCACUACCCACGAAGCACUCCUGAGAUGUGGCCGGAUCUUAUUCAGAAGGCCAAAGAUGGAGGUUUGGAUGUUAUUCAAACCUACGUUUUCUGGAAUGGCCAUGAACCUUCCCCAGGCAAAUAUUAUUUUGAGGGAAGGUACGAUUUGGUUCGAUUUAUCAAGCUGGUUCAGCAGGCAGGCCUUUAUGUUCAUCUCCGAAUUGGCCCCUAUGUUUGCGCCGAAUGGAAUUUCGGGGGUUUCCCUGUUUGGCUGAAAUACGUUCCGGGUAUCAGUUUCAGAACAGACAACCAGCCUUUCAAGGCGGCAAUGCAAGGAUUUACGAAAAAGAUCGUAGACAUGAUGAAAGCAGAAAGAUUAUUUCAGUCUCAGGGUGGUCCGAUAAUUCUGUCACAGAUAGAGAAUGAAUAUGGACCAGUUGAGUGGGAAAUUGGUGCUCCUGGACGAGCUUAUACUAAAUGGGCAGCACAAAUGGCCGUUGGUCUUGGCACUGGAGUUCCAUGGGUCAUGUGCAAGCAAGAUGAUGCUCCUGAUCCAGUUAUAAACGCCUGCAAUGGUUUCUACUGUGAUUGGUUCACUCCUAACAAAGCCUAUAAACCAAAAAUGUGGACGGAAGCCUGGACUGGCUGGUACACAGAGUUUGGUGGUCCAGUUCCUCAUCGACCAGCUGAAGAUUUAGCAUUUUCAGUUGCCAAGUUUAUACAGAAAGGUGGAUCAUUUGUCAAUUAUUACAUGUACCAUGGAGGAACGAAUUUUGGCCGGACAGCUGGUGGUCCCUUCAUAUCCACUAGCUAUGACUAUGAUGCUCCACUUGAUGAAUAUGGACUACUCAGGGAACCUAAAUAUGGUCAUUUGAGAGACCUACAUAAAGCAAUCAAGUUGUGCGAACCAGCUUUGGUUUCUACAGAUCCCACUGUGAUAUCACUGGGAAAUAAUCAAGAGGCUCAUGUCUUCAAGUCAAGAUCAGGAGCUUGUGCUGCAUUCCUUGCAAACUAUGAUUCAAGGUCUUAUGCAACAGUGGCUUUUGGGAAUAUGCACUACAACUUGCCUCCAUGGUCAAUUAGCAUCCUUCCUGACUGCAAAAAUACAGUUUUCAAUACUGCAAGGGUUGGUGCUCAAAGCUCACAGAUGAAAAUGACUCCCGUUUAUAGAGGGUUCUCUUGGCAGUCAUACAAUGAAGAGACUGCCUCUUACGAUGACAACUCAUUUACAACAGUUGGAUUGCUGGAACAGAUAAAUGUCACAAGAGAUGCCUCAGAUUAUUUGUGGUACAUGACAGAUGUUAAGAUUGAUCCCAAUGAAGCAUUUUUGAGGAAUGGACAGUAUCCUGUCCUCACUGUUUUAUCGGCAGGCCAUGCUCUGCAUGUUUUCAUCAAUGGUCAGUUAUCAGGAACUGUGUAUGGAAGUUUAGAGAAUCCAAAAUUGACAUUCAGUGACAAAGUGAAGCUGAUUGCUGGCAUUAACAAAAUCUCUCUGUUAAGCAUAGCUGUUGGCCUCCCGAAUGUUGGCCCACAUUUUGAGACUUGGAAUGCUGGAGUACUUGGUCCAAUAACCUUGAAGGGCCUUAAUGAGGGGCAAAGAGACUUGUCAUGGCAGAAAUGGUCUUACAAGAUUGGUUUAAAGGGUGAAACUGUGGGCAUCCAAUCACUAAGUGGAAGUUCUUCUGUUGAGUGGGAGGUGUCUUCAGUGGCUCAAAAGCAGCCUAUGACAUGGUAUAAGACUACAUUCAACGCACCAGGUGGGAAUGAGCCAUUGGCUUUAGAUAUGGGGAGUAUGGGCAAAGGUCAAAUAUGGAUAAAUGGUGAAAGCAUUGGUCGCUACUGGCCUGCAUAUAAAGCUUAUGGUUCUUGUGGUGGCUGUAAUUAUGCUGGAACAUAUGAUGAGAAAAAAUGCCGAAGUAAUUGCGGAGAGGCAUCCCAAAGAUGGUAUCAUGUCCCACGCUCAUGGUUGAGGCCAACUGGGAACCAAUUGGUUAUUUUUGAAGAAUGGGGUGGUUAUCCAAAUUGGAUUUCUUUGGAUAAAAGAACUGUACAAAGUGUCUGUGCUGAUAUUUAUGAAUGGCAGCCGACACUGACAAAUUGGGAGUUGCAAUCCUCUGGAAAAGUCCAAAGACCUCUAAGGCCGAAAGCCCAUCUUUGGUGCUCACCUGGAACCAAAAUUUCAUCAAUAAAGUUCGCUAGCUUUGGAACACCACAAGGAGUAUGCGGAAGCUUUCAGGAAGGAAGCUGUCAUGCUCACAAAUCAUAUGAUGCUUUUCAAAGGGAGGAUCUCUUGCAGAACUGCAUUGGGCAGCAAACGUGCUCGGUAACUGUUGCUCCUGAAGUUUUUGGUGGGGAUCCAUGCCCAAGUACCAUGAAGAAGCUCUCGGUUGAGGCCAUCUGCAGUUGAGAGGUAGCAAUAUGUAAAGUCGAUCAAAUAAAGAAGCGCUUAUAUUUAUUACUCUUUGGCAUAUACAUAUAAAUACCAGUUAUUCAGGCAUUCUAACUUCAAGUGUACACCUUGAAUGUCUUGAGGGUCAUUGGCUUCAAUUUUGGCACGGGGUGAAGUUGUUUAAGUAUACAACACACCAUUUGCCCAAAGUCCAUAUAGAUGUGAAGGUGAACGGAAAAGGCUUCAUGUACAUAAAUUACAUCUUUUAUGUUAAACAGUGUCCUAUAUGUAAUGCAAAGGUUAAAGGGGCCCUAGUAGAGCACAUUGAGAUGAGAAAUGUUGAGUCCAUGUGUAAAUGUUUUAGCCCUUAGAUAAUACUUAAGUAAGCUGUUCGCUUGCAGGGACUUGGAUCAUCUUUUGUUCUUAACUUCCCUUGUAGGGGAGCAAUUAUUUAUUGUUUCCUUGCUUGCCCAGGAUUGAAUUAUUACAGUAAUAAAGUGAAGUUCAUCGUGAAUUGAAUUGUUA